GUGAGGCGCCAGGAGGUAGCCGCUUCAGCAUCUGAGACUGUGGAAGGGUCUUAACCAUGAGGGGUUCCUGCGAGAGAUCUGGGGAGGAUGAAGAGCAGAAGGAAGAGGCUACAGCGGCCUGUGGGCGUCUUUCAGAGGUCCCUGAGGUGGAGCAGGGUUCCGAGGCCGAUUCAGACUCCGACCUGGAGAUGGAAGGCACCCAUGGGCUUGGAGAACUGGUCAGGGACACCCUCUACCUGAGGUCUUGCCAGGACCAUAGUGUUGUGCCCGUCUCCUGCUUUCUGUGUCAAGGGAGCGCCCCAGAGCUGAACCUCCGGCACCGUGGCCUGGGGCCCCAGGGUGCCCGUGCCCUGGCUUCCUCGCUGAGCUCCAAUCCAUAUGUCAAGCGGCUGGACCUUCGAGACAAUGGGCUCUGUGGGGCGGGUACAGAGGCCCUGGCAGGUGCCCUGAGCAAAAGCAGCAGUAUCUGUGAUUUGGACCUGUCGGAGAACCAGCUGGGAGUAGCAGGAGCACGGACCCUCUGUGCCGCCCUCACCAUGAACCGGGCUGUGCAGAAGAUGCAACUGUCAGGGAAUGGCCUGGAGGAGCAGGCGGCCCAGCACCUUGCUGAACUCCUGCUGGCCCACACAGACCUGAAGUCCCUGGACCUGAGCUAUAACCAGCUGAAUGACCAAGCAGGGGAGAUACUUGGACCAGCCCUGGCAGAAAACACAGGACUCACCGAGCUUAACGUGAGCUGGAAUCACCUCCGAGGCCCAGGAGCUGUGGCAUUUGCCAGAGGACUGGAGGCAAACAUCUUCCUUAAAGUUCUAGACAUCUCAUAUAAUGGCUUUGGAGAUCCUGGAGCCUCUGCGGUGGGUGAGGCUCUCAAGACCAACAAUGUGUUGGAGGAACUCCACAUGAGCAACAACCGCGUCUCUGCGACGGGAGCCCUGAGCCUGGGCCUGGGCCUCCAGGUCAACCAGACACUGAGGAUUCUGGUAGUGUCCAGGAAUCCCAUGCGAAGUGAAGGCUGCUCUGGUCUCCUCAAGUCUGUCCAGGACAAUCCAGCCUCUGCCCUGGAACUGCUGGAUUUCUCUGAUAUCCAGGUGAACACAGAGUUUGAUGACCUUGCUAACUCAGUGAGGAGCAUUCUUCCAGCGCUCUGCAUAAAAACGGGUGCUCGCAAAGUAGACUAUAAGAAGGAGUUGCUGCCAGUCUUCAGACCAGCCCUGCCGGUAUCUGUCCCUAAGUGACCCUGGAGUGUGGCUUCCUCAUCUCCAAUCAGCUGCUUUGACCUCCAGGGUCAGAAGCUCUUUGACUCCCGAGGCCUUGUUACCACUUGUGUCUGCACUGAGUCCCCAUGUCAGCUGUGUGCUAUUGAGCUGGCCUUCACGCCGACUCACACACCUGUACCCUCCUCCCUUGUGCUCCACGGACCUUGCACUCAUCUGGGCCUUCCUGUGUUAUCACUCAUUCAUGUCACACAAACCCCUACUAUGUGCGGCAUAUUCAGAUGGGCAUGAUAUCUGAGAUGCCCAAGCAAGUCCCUGCCCUCCCCAUGUUCAUAUUCUGGUGACUUCAGGAAACUAUGACAGGAGGAGUGCACAUUCUAUUUUGAGAAUGCGAACAGGCACAGCCUUUUUGGAAGGCAGUUUAUCAUUAUGCACCGAGAGCCUUAAAACUGCCUGUGCCCUUUGAUCCAAUCAUUUGACUAAUGUGCUCUAGACAAAUAACCAGGGAUCAUACAAGAUUGAUGCCUCAAGAUGCUCAUGGCACUGGGUGCAGUGGGUCACACCCAUAAUCCUAGCACUUUGGGGAGCCAA